ACUACACGCUUUACAAAGGUCGGUGCAAAAUAAUACCUUAUUAUCUUACGUUGGUCCCCAAGUUAUUAAAUGAUUUGGAAUAUAGAAAACUUAUAAUUUUAUUUUACCAAAAAACUUAUAAAUUUAUACUAAGAAAAUAGGUGCGUAAGCUUGAAGAGCAAGGAACACUAUAUAUACAGUGCAAAUGCCAAUGCCAUUCAUUCAUCAAACUAUUCAACGCAAACUACAAAUUUUGCAUCUGACUACUUACAUUCUAAAAUCACCAACAUAAAGUGCAAGAUGACGACUAUUGAAAUGAGAGUUCACAUGGACUGUGUGGGGUGCGAGAGCAGAGUUAAAUCUGCCCUUCAGAAGAUGAGAGGAGUGGAUGAGGUAGAAAUCGACAUGGUGCAGCAGAAAGUGACGGUGACUGGCUACGCCGAUCAGAAGAAAGUUCUAAAGAAAGUUAGAAAAACCGGUAGGAGAGCUGAGCUAUGGCAGCUUCCUUUCAACCCUGACCACAGCUCUCUCCUCGGCGGUGGAAGCAAUAGCACAAACGGUGGUUACUUCUACAACCCUCACGGCUGCAACGGCCCAAUCAACCACCAUGCACCGGUCCCGGGUUCUUCUUACAAUUAUUACAAGCACGGUUACGAUAGCAACGACUAUUCGUCUUACCAGCAUCAUCCUGUUCAUGCCUCUAUCUUCAGCCACCAAGCUGGUUCUAAGUUCAGCGACGAGAAUCCUAAUGCUGCUUGUUCUAUUAUGUGAAAGUGGUUUUUUUUUUUGCUUAGUACUUAUAUGGUACGAGCGUAAGUAUGAAAUCAUAACUAAGUUCAUUACUUCAAAAAAAACUAUUAUGUGUUACUUUUUGUGUGCUUAUGUAAUGUAACUUAAGCUCAAGUGGUUACUUAAUUCUGUUUUAAGUUUUUUUUUGGCACUUAAUUCUGUUUUAAGUUUAAAGAGAUUAAUAUAAUUAUCAGUUUCAA